CCACUUCAAUAGGAAGUGUUUUAGGUUAAUACUGAGAGUGAGAGCUUCUCGCGACGGCGGGUUCGGUGAAUAAGUUGAUAGCGGGUUUGCUUCGUUUCGAUCGUGUCUCCUUGGUUUAUUAUGCUGAUGGUGAAUAUUGGUUGUCGGUCAUCGGUUAAAAAAGGCGGUGCCAAAUGAUACCCACCCAGGUGCCACAAGCCCUUCCCUUCGGACUAUUCGCGCAUACAAAUGUGUGCUUUAUUAAUAGUUUUCAAAAGAGCCUGAAAAUGCAAAAAAGUGAGCUGAUGAAUGCGCAAAGGGUGAUUAUGUAAUCCUCGUUACGGUUGGUCUGACUCCCCUGUUCCCCGUCAUGAUCCUGCUGUCCCGCUCAGUAGCCCCCGGCCUUUCCUUUCUUACGCACCCCUUCAUGUUAGGAUGUCGUUGAUUGACAAUGUAACUGCUGACUUCUUGGCGGUUCUGAAGCGGGGAAAGUAUGAGAUCUGCAAAAAGUAUCUCCUUGAUAGGCCUUUUUUUGAAGGAAUACAAGAGAGAAGUUCGGACAAAGAAGACCAGGCGCCAGGCACUACUGCGAGCAGCUGCUACGGAUUUGAUUAACGGAGAGGAGGAAGAAGAGCCAAAAGGGGACGCGGUGGCGGUGGAAGGGCUACAGGAGAUCACACACGAGAGAGCGAUGGCAAUGACGCGCUUGCUUCGCAGUGGCUGCGCCGGAAAUGCUGGCCGUAAGAGUUGGAGGCCCUUUGCCGUAUUACCGACGAAGAACGCAGAACAAUUCUAGCGCCAGGGCUGAGAUUAGAAAAAUCAUGCUGCAAGAUGAUGCCUGGACGUGGGAAGAAGAGCCCAAGGCGAGGACUAUGAAAAUGGACUCGCCUGCAGCCAAAAUGGUAGCAACUAAGGUGAACGAGCUGAAAAUGGUAAAGACGGCGCCACUUAUGUUCCGGGGAAUCUCCGUGGAUGUGAUCACUGCAAUCGAAGACGAAAAAACAAGAGAGCAGCACGUCGAGGAGCCUCUUCAGGUUACCUUGCCUGGGGUAGACCUUGCUGAGGCUCCUCCGUUAGUUAAGGAGAAGGGGGCACGAGUAGCAGAGAGUUGAAAAAUGUGGCACGCAAUGAACACGCUGAGGAAAGAAGAAAGGCCAAGCCUUAAAGGUAGCGAAGUGAAAAGAAGCACAGAGUUAGCAUAGAAACAGGGCGCGUCUCUUGUUGCAGUUAUGUGAAAAAACUGCAUGUUUGAGAC